AUGGAGGACGUGGAGACCAGCUAUGCGGCUUUGGCCCGGGAUUCUUUGAAAGCGGCCUCCAUGGAGCACGGCCUGCAGACCACCGCGGUCUACUGGGAGGGUCAGAUGAAUUCCUUCCGCGGUGUCUUCGGCCAGGCGACCUACGGCCAGAAGUGGACCUGGAAGCUGGUGGAUGAUCGCAUUCGGUCUCAGUGGGGCCUGGAUCAUUGCGAUGUAGCAAAAGAGCCCUUCGUCUUCUACGGGGAUCGAGGCUAUUUCCGGAAGUACUACGGCGACAAGGACAUCUAUGAGAUUGAGCCUACCAAGAAGCGCUUCAACUUCAGCUUCUUCCCGACAGGAACCACGGAUCCUUUCAACAGGCGGGCGGUCGCGUUUGUGAGAUUUGGUCAAGUGGGACCUGAGAAACUCUAA